GAGAUCAGGGAGGCGAAGCGUCAGCGAAGGAAGGCUGAAAAGAGGUGGAGGAAAUCUCGAUUGGAGUCCGAUCUUGCUGCUUUUAAAGCAAAACGUAAUUUUACUACCCGUCUUAUGAACAAGGCUCGGAGGGAGUUUUACAGUAACUUUAUAGAUGAAAAUAGCGGUGAUCAAAAGAAACUAUUCCGUGCAAGUCAGCGCUUAUUUAAGCGCACAAUGGAUGAUGGUCUCCCACCUAAUCUGGACAGUAAAACUUUCUCUAACGACUUGGGGAAAUUCUUUGUUCAGAAGAUAGAUACUAUCCGCACGCAGCUUGACACCGAUCAGCAGACUGAUUCAUAUCCAGAAGAUGACACUUCGUCUGCUGAUGAAACUGUGCCACCAUUCCCUACUUUUACGAUGCUAUCAGUUCGAGAUGUUAAACAGCUU